AUGGGCUACCGGAAAAGUACCCCGAUAAGUGUUCUCACUGCAGAGUCCAAAAUUCCUCUACUGAAGCAUAGACUAAAAUAUUUAGCCCACUCAUUUUUACUCAAACUUAUCUCCAACAAAGAAAAUACGACCCUUAAAAAUGGUUCCAAAACAAACAUUAAUGAAUCCCCCAAAGCUGGCUUCGGAACCUGGUCCUACGAUGAUAAUCUAACAUGCUCUUACAAUAUUCCUGGCGAUGCCUCAAUCUUUUCGGCAGAAUGUUUAGGACUUUCUAAAGCUUUAGACUUUGUUAUUGCCAACGGCAACAACUCAUUUAAGAUAUUUACUGAUUCACUCAGUGUACUCAAGGCCCUUAAUAAACUCAAAGGCUUCAAAUAUGAAUCUCCACUAAUACUAAUUCUUAAAAAGAAACUCGCAGAAGCGCAGAGUCUCGGCAGAAGAUUUCAAUUAUUCUGGAUUCCAGCUCACAUAGGAAUAAAAGGAAAUGAGGCAGUUGAUAAGGUAGCUAAAUCAGCAGCAAUUGAGGGACCUCCUGCAAAUCUGGCGAUCCCUGCCACCGAUCUCAAAAAAGUAGAAGUGAUCAUACCGCUCUUAACUGUGACUUACAUAGAUUUAAUAUUGUAA